GGAGUUGCCACGUGGCACGGAGUGGGCCUGUUGCUGACAGACAGGACAGCCACGAUGCACGCUUGCAUGUCUGGCGGCUAUGGCUGCGCCUCACCUUUGCCACAGCCGAAGCCCUCAAAGUGCGCCUUUCGGGCAAUGACAUCCUUGUACGUGCGAACGUCGGUGUCUGGAGCUUUCUUCUCUUCGUCUUUGAGCCAUGUUCCUUGGAGAAAGUUAUGGGACCUACAGUUGCAAGAUGAUGGCCGCCGCUCAACCGCUCACUUUUUGUUUGCCGGUCGCUCUGCGUGUCACUUCAUCUCGGUUACGAAACGGAAGACGCAAGAUGAUGGGCUCCAGCACUCUGGAAGUCGAGCUAUGGCGACGGCGGGAAAUGAAAGACAGACUGGACCGCCUCCCUAUGAGCAAGAAAGGAGCGAGAGAUCCUAUGAGCAAGAAAGGAGCUACAGCCAAGCACAGCCACGUGGUCGAUUCAUCUACACUGUAGAGAUUCCUUCAGAUGGCAUGCCGGCCGGUUUCCCUGGUGGUAAGGACGGAUGGCGCGCAAUGUGGGCUUCCGGACCGUUCGACGCUGUCAUUCACCCUAAUCUUCCCCCAUUCCAGUCGGUACGUGAAGUGCUGCAGCGACCGCACCUCGUGACCAGGUUCUUCGAACGCAGGAGAACCACGAACAGUGGGAAAUUGCCAGGGACAGGGAAGGAGGAGGAGGAGGAGGAGGGCAAGAAGACGAAGAAGAUGCUUUAUCAACACCCACUAAGAUCAGGUGUGUCUUAUUCCAGGGCUGUCGAUCCGGAGAGGGGUGAUAAUUCGUUCCAGCGCAGUCCACUGCGGUACUUGGAAUCAACUGCGGUACCAGGUUCGGAACCAGGUGCGGAACCGGGACCAGGUUCGGGACCAGGUUCGGAACCAGGUUUGGAACCAGGUUCGGAACCAGGACCAGGUUCGGGACCAGGUUCGGAACCAGGUUUGGAACCAGGUUGGGAACCGGCUCGCGAGGACGACUGGGGGACCGAAGAGAUGGGACCAGGUUCGGAACCAUGCAUGCAGAUAUGGACGGUACCUGCACAACUACGGUCUCGUGAUGAAGUGCAAGCGGAUAUGGCCGCGCGUGGAAGGCAGAUCGCCUCUCAUAGUCGUGGCGGCGCUUUGCUGCUCGUAUCUGGCGGCCAUCCAAUGCGCAAGGCGCCAUUCGCGGAGCACUGGCUGCCUACAAACUCCUUCAAAAUGCUCAGAGAAGGUCACAGAAUGCGCCGAGAAGGGAUCUUGCCUCCACAGAUCGAGCUCUGGGCCGUGGAGAAUCCUUACGUCAAUCAUCCGAGCCGUUUCGAGAAGAAGCUCGAGACAGGCGCAGAGGCCAUCAUAACACAGCCUCCGCUGCUGCCGGACGCUUUCGGGCUCUGGUGGGAAGCUAUUGCACAACGAGGGCUGCUAGCUGAUACCAACGUCAUCGUCGGGGUCCCGUUCGUUACGUCCUACAGGAGUUUUGCAUUCUGGCUGGACCUGCUUGGUGCUUCGAAGCUUCCUGAAGGACGGGCCGAAGCAGAUAAGUUCAGGAGACAAUUGCAAACACUGGGUAGUGAUCCUGAUGGAAAGGCGCUCAUCAGAAGCUUCAGACGAAAGUGGAUCUUGAGUCUUAUGAGGAGGGUAAGGCAACUUCCUGGGGUUUCAGGAAUGCAUAUAAUGCCCGUAACAGCGGCAGGAUGGAGGGAUUUGCAAACGAUGGUGAAAGAUUACCCAGAAGAAUUUCAUUCAUCUUUAUUUUGACAUCAUAAUGAGUAAAAAAAAAAAAAAGGGGGUUUGUCAUGAUGUGUUCGUCACCCUAAAAGACGGAGUGAUACUCGAAAGCCAAUUAGGAUGCUGAAAAAAGAAAAAAAGAAAAAAAAAGAAAGAAGGAUGCUGCAUUGCCCCCUCCACGAGAUGGAAAGCACCAUCUAUCAGCCCUGGUGCCUAUCACUGCUGUUCGGUCCAAGUUGCCUGCCCGUUGGUAGGGCAAUGGUCCUGAGUGCUGGCCACACUGAGGUAGAAUAGUGGGAUCGGGGGUGCGCUAGGAGUAUUGACGUGAGGAUGGGUUGGGAGGUGGUCUCAUAUUCCAGGACACCCCCGGCUCACAGUUCCAGGUGAUCACUGUGCACACACUAACUGGCCUCUACAACACCCUGGACUUUUUAUAAUUAAAAAAAAAGAAAAAAAAAAGAAGAAGGAAAAAAAAGGGAUGAAAACGGAAAAAAAAAGUGAAAACAUUUCCUUGGGGAAUCCAUGGAAAGCACCAUAGGCCAAGAUUACCAGGGGCGAGAAAAAAGGAAUGGGCCCCGGGCGAGGACGGACGAGUCUUGUGAAUUUUGAAACCGCGAACUUCGUGGGAGGGUGGGAGAAGUCCGACUCUGUGUAACUGUGUGCAAUUAUUACCUGUUAGUGUGUGUGUGUGUGUGUGUGUGUAUGUAAUCAACUGCUUCCGUGGCC